GGCGGGGUCAUGUCCCGCUGGGCGGUGCCCUCGCGCUGGACUUGUGCAUGUUGACCACGCCCCUUCUGCAUUUCGGAGAAGAUGGCGUCGCAAGUACAGAGAGGAGUGCCUCUAAGUGCGCUCUGUCCCAAGUUCCUCCACACAAACUCCACCAGCCACACCUGGCCCUUCAGCGCGAUCGCUGAAUUAAUAGAUAAUGCCUAUGAUCCAGAUGUCAAUGCCAAGCAGUUCUGGAUUGAUAAGACCCAGUUCAAAGGCCAAGACUGCCUCAUCUUCAUGGACAAUGGAAAUGGGCUGGACUAUGAAAAGAUGCACAAGAUGCUCAGCUUCGGUUACAGUGACAAGACAGUCAUAAACGGCCAGCACCCGAUUGGUCUCUACGGUAACGGUUUCAAGUCGGGGUCCAUGCGUCUGGGACGAGACGCCAUCGUGUUCUCCAAGUCUCUAGAUGGAGACACCAUGCAUGUAGGCAUGCUCUCACAGAGCUACCUGGCACAGAUUAAAGCAGAGCAGAUCAUCGUACCCAUUGUCUCCUUCCAACGCGUUGCACACAACCAGUUCCGUGUGAAUGAGAAGCACAAGGCCAGUCUGCAGGACAUCCUGUAUUACUCUCUCUUUAAGACGGAGAAUGAGCUGCUCACAGAGCUCAAAGCCAUCAACUCCACCUGCUCCAUGGGCUCUUCAGGAACACGCAUCAUCAUCUGGAGCCUGCGCAGGACAUUAACAGGACAGACAGAAUUUGAUUUCACAACAUCCAGUUAUGACAUCAGAAUCCCGUUGGAUGUGUUGGAGAGCACCAGUGAGCAAUACAGGCGGUCGGAGCUGCUCACAAAACCAGAGAGUUACUACUCGCUACGUGCAUACUGCAGUAUUCUGUACCUGAAGCCGCGUAUGCAGAUCGUCAUUCGAGGGCAGAAAGUGAAGACUGAGCUCAUCUCCAAGAGCCUGGCAUACAUUGCUAAGGACUAUUACAAGCCCAACUUUGUGAACAGACGUAUUCCCAUCACGUUUGGGUACAACACCAAGAGCAAAGACCAAUACGGCAUCAUGAUGUACCACAAGAACCGCCUUAUAAAACCUUAUGAGCGAGUGGGCGUUCAACUCAAGGCCAACAUCCAAGGUCUCGGGGUCAUUGGGGUUAUCGAGUGUAACUUUCUGGAGCCCACCCACAACAAGCAAGAUUUUGACAAUACCGACAAAUACAGGAAAACCAUCAACAACUUAGGGGUUAAGCUGGAGGACUACUGGAAAGAGAUCCGCUUUAAAAGAGACAAAGAAGAUCCUAACAGCACCGUACCAGUGGAAGACACCAUGAAGCGCCCGGACCAGAACUGGGUGCAAUGUGACACCUGCCUGCGCUGGAGGAAGCUGCCAGAUGGGAUUGAUUGCAGACUGCUCCCAGAGAAGUGGUUCUGCCACAUGAAUCCCGACCCCCAAUUCAGGAGCUGCAUGGUAGAGGAAGAGCCUGAAGACUCUGAUGAUGACCAACCUUCAUACCAGAAAACCUACAAGCAACAUGAAAGGAACACCAAAAUGCAGCAGGAGUGGAAACGACAACAGUAUGAAGAUGAGCAGAAGAAGGCAGAGCGGAUGCGGAUCGCAGCGCUGGCUCGGCAGAACGAAGCUCUGAGGCGCCAACAGGAGGACCUGAAACUGCAGCUUAUAAAGACAUCGAGCUUCAGGACAGCUGUACAGAUGUCUCCAGCUUCUGCUCCCCCCACAGUCAGAGUUAAUGUGAAGGCACCACUGAGCACCAGGGCUACCACAGCAUCACCACUCAGUGCUAGGCCCAGAUCAUCUCCUCUCAGGAUCUCUCCGCUCACUCAAUCAGGGACCAGCCCUUCCUCCAACCACAUGCCCAUCAUCUCUAGCGUGUGCUCUCUUUCAACCCCUCCAGCCCCUUCAACACCUUCAAGAAUGAAGAGAACAUUGGCCAUGACCUCUGAAAGGGACACCAAAAGACCCAGGGUGAACGGUUUCCACCAAAACACCUCUAUGGGAUCCGCAUCAACGACAGCAGAGACGAAUGUGUCAUCCCCAUCAGUUAUCAUCCCAAUUGACGAUGACGAUGAUGAGAUCACGGAUGACGAUGACAUUGUUAUCUUGGAGACCAACAGCACCCCUAUUCCAAAGAAGGCAACCUUUGACAUGGCCAAGGUAAAGUCAGAGAGUAGGGCUGUGGAAACACCUUCUGGCACUGGCAACGUUAGGACCAAUGGCAUAGGAACAAGCUCCGUGGAGACGGGAACCGCAGCGACCAACCUCUCCCCUCUACCAUCUUCCUCAGAGCAGAUGAGCAUCACCACCCAGACAGACAUACGGGGCGAAGUGAAGGAUGAAGAGGAGGAGCGAAAGAAAAAGGAGGAAGUGGAAAAGGAGAAGGAGAGAAUAGAGAACUGGACAAAAGUGAAGAACAAAGAAGAGGACAACAAGAAGAAGGAGGAAAGAGAUAGGAAGAGAACAGAACCAGGCCCAUCCUCUGCAGGCCCAUCCUCUGCAGGCCCCUCCACACCAGGCCCCUCUACACCAGGCCCCUCCACACCAGGCCCCUCCACACCAGGCCCCUCCACACCAGGCCCCUCCUCUGCAGGCCCGUCCUCUGCAGGCCCGUCCUCUGCAGCCCCAUCCACACCAGGCCCAUCCACACCAGGCCCAUCCUCUGCUGGCCCAUCCUCUGCAGGCCCAUUCUCUGCUGGCCCAUCUGUCCCAGACCCAUCAGACCUUCCUCGGAUUGACUUCCGUAACCUGUCAGAGGCACAGGAGCAGCAAGAUCAGCUGCUGGAGCUCAUGCAGGCUGCAGCCCAUGAGAGGGACCAGUUCAAGGAACAGGUCCACAAGCUGACCUGCCAGCUCCAUGACCUGGAGGGCAGCAUGCAGGAGCAUUCCCGGUCCGCUGUGAAGAGAGAGCAAUGCCACCUGGCCUGUCAGACUGGAGCAGGGGAUGGAGAACGAGAGCAGGCAGAGGGGAGUAAGGUCAGUGACCAGCUGGCUGUACAGGUAGACACUCUGCUCCAGGACCUCAGCAAUGCCAACUGUGAACGUGACAUGCUACGCUCCCAGGUGGAGGCUAUGAAAGAGGAGAAGGGCAACCUCUUGUCCCAGUGUGAGACGCUGCAGCUGGACGUGGUGGAGCUGAGGAGGGAGAAACAAGAGUGGGAGAGAGAGAAAGAGGAGAGAGAGAAACAGGAGAGAGAAGCAGCUCAGGCUGCAGCUGCCCAGACAGAGAGGGGAGACGUAGCGGCCACUAGUGCUGCUAAUGGCUCGACCUCGGAGGCACCCCAGACGCUGAGGGAGCUUCGGAGGAGCAUUGGUCGUCUCCUUGUCACGUUUGUCCCAGCGCUGGACCUUGAACAAGUCAACUACGACUGUCCAGUCAUCGACGAGAUCCUCCAUCAGGUUCUUACUGAUGUGGAGACGUUGGGGCCUGCGUAAGGGCCUGGGGUGGGAUAUGGAUGGAGGGGUUGUCCUCCAUCUAACUCUGUGAGGAGAGGCAGACCUGGAGAUGGUCACAGAGACUUCCUGCCUCUCCUUUUACCUCGGCGUUUUUACACUUUUUAAAUGUAUUUUCUAUGGAUUUUUUACAAGUGAAAGAGGGAAUGAACUGAAAAGUAUUUAUUUGUAUUGCUGUACAAACACUUUUAUAUUGUUCCAUGACCAUGGUGGUACUUAAUGAUGCAACAAACAGUAAGCUAUUUUGCACUGAAACUUUGGGGUUACUGAGUUCAACCUCUCCUUCUCACAAACACUUACUACUCCAAUGUGGAUGGAGGCUCUAGAAUCAUGUCAGUGUUCCGGGAAGAUGUUUUUCUCUUCGAUUACAGGUGACCACAGUGAACUUUCCUGGAAUGAUGUCAGGAACAGAGGAGUUUUCACUUGAUGAGUUAAGGGACAUAGUCUCCACCAUGAUCUGCUCUGUGGCUUGGUAGAAGGACUCCCUUCUCUCCCAAAACAGACAUAGCCAUCAGUUCUACAUCGUUCCUAGAUCAAGACAGAUUAAGUUCAGUAUUCAAUGUUGCAUUCACUCUUAUGUGCUCAUGUUCAUUUAUAUGCUAAGAAAUAAUGAAGACUUUUUCACCCAAAUCUUGAGUUAACAUAUAUUUUUAUUUUGUGUUGUAUGUUUUAUAACUAGGAGUACGAUAUCCAUAACCUCUCCCCUCACUCUUGUCACACGUUUGUCUUAUCAGAGUACUAUCAAUCCCUCUCUGUUCUUUUGAGCUGAGACUGAUGUUUCUCUUGAAAUAACAGGGUUUUUGCACUCCAGAGGAUUUCAAACUUAUUCCUACCUCUGGGACGCUAACAAAAUUGUAAAUUAUUAAUUAAAAGUUAAGGUCCAAAUGCGGGAGAUUGUAAUGCAAGAGAUGGGGGGGGGGGGGGGUGAGUCCAGAGAGGUACAGUGCAUUCAGACCCCUCGACUUUUUCCACAUUUUGUUACGUUACAUCCUUAUUCUAAAAUUGAUUAAAUAGUUUUUUCCCCCCCUCAUCGAGCUACACACAAUACCCCAUAAUGACAAAACAAAAACAGUUUGACAAUUUUGCUAAUUUAUAAAAAAUAAAACCUGGUAUGACAUUUAAGUAUUCAGACCCUUUGCUCAGAACUUUGUUGAAGCACCUUUGGCAGUGAUUACAGCCUCGAGUCUUCGUUUUUUUUACAUUACAAGCUUGGCACACCUGUAUUUGCGGAGUUUCUCCCAUUCUUCUCUGCAGAUCCUCUCAAGCUCUGUCAGGUUGGAUGGGCAGCGUUGCUGCACAGCUAUUUUCAGGUCUCCAGAGAUGUUCGAUUGGGUUCAAGGGUUCAAGUCUGGGCUCUGACUGGGCCACUCAAGGGCAUUCAGAGACUUGUCCCAAAGCCACUCCUAUUUUGUUUUGGCUGUGUGCUUCGCAUCAUUGUCCUGUUUGAAGGUGAACCUUCACCCCAGUCUGAGGUCCUGAGUGCUCUGGAGCAGGUUUUCAUCUGUACUUUGCUCUGUUCAUCUUUCCCUUGAUCCUGUCUAGUCUCCCAGUCUCUCGCUGAAAAACAUCCCCACAUCAUGAUGCUGCCACCAACAUGCUUCACCGUAGGGGUGGUGCCAGGUUUCCUCCAGACGUGACGCUUACCAUUCAAGCCAAGGAGUUCAAUCUUGGUUUCAUCAGACCAGAUAAUCAGACCAGAUAAUCUUGUUUCUCAUGGACUUUAGGUGCCUUUUGGCAAACUCCAAGCGGGCUGUCAUGUGCCUUUUACUGAGGAGUGGCUUCCAUCUGGCCACUUUACCAUAAAGGCCUGAUUGGUGAAGUGCUGCAGAGAUGUUUGUCUUUCUGGAAGGUUCUCCCAUCUCAACAGAGUAACUCUAGAGCUCUGUCAGUGACCAUCGGGUUCUUGGUCACCUCCCUGACCAAGGCCUUUCUCUCCCAAUUGCUCAGUUUGUCCAGGCAGCCAGCUUGAGGAAGAGUUGUGGUGGAUCCUAACUUCCAUUUAAGAAUGGAGGAGGCCACUGUGUUCUUGGGGCCCUUCAAUGCUGUAGAAAUGUUUGGUACCCUUCCCCAGGUUUGUGCCUCAACACAAUCCAUUCUCGUAGCUCUACGGACAAUUCCCUCGACCUCGCGGCUUGGUUUUUUCUCUGACAGGCACUGUCAACUGUGGAACCUUAUAGACAGGUGUGUGCCUUUCCAAAUCAUGUCCAAUCAAAUGAAUUUACCCCCAGGUGGACUCCCAAGUUGUUGAAACAUCAAGGAUGAUCAAUGGAAACCGGAUGCCCCUGAUCUCAAUUUCAUGUCUCAUUGCGAAAGAGUCUGAAUACUUACGUAAAUAAGGUAUUUUUAUUUUUUAUAAAUGAGCAAAAAUGUCAACCUGUUUUUGCUUUGUCGAUAUGGGGUAUUGUGUGUAGAUUGCUGAGGAAAAUUAUUUAUUUAAUCCAUUUUAGAAUAAGGCUGUAAUGUCAAGAAAAAUGUGGAAAACGUCAAGUGGUCUGAAUACUUUCUGAAAGCACUGUAUUUCAAAGCAGGAUCAAAUUGUUAGCCAGCUCAAACCACUCCAAACUUUCUAGUUCAUGAAGAAAGAUUGACUCAAUGAGGUCGUGCAACUGACUCAAUAUCUUCAAUGAUCUAUAUUUAACUGAACCUUUUUAUUAAUUAACUGGAAAAUCAGCAGCUAUAUCUGGAAUGUUUAUCAAAGUUAACUGGUUAAUUUAUUGAUUUGUGAUUCAUCCCUCAAUUGGGAUUAGAGAUUGGGAAUGUACUUUGUUUUCUCGACACGAGGGAAUUUUGGUUGUCCUUUUAGCAAUGCAACUGUCCCGGAUGUAUUAUUUCUUUUAAAAAUAUAUAUUUAUUUUUUUCACUGUU